UUUAAUUUUUUUUAUAACAAAUAAAUAAAUAUUUUAUUCAAUGACAUUGGGUAUAAUUUUUAAUACGUGUCAAGAACGUUUCAACUUGGUCGGCAAAAUCAACAAACAUUUAUUUAUAUCAACAACGAACAGAUCCACACGCUGUUUGUACACAGAAGCUGAUAAGUUGAUAACUGUCUGAAAACCCUAGAACCAACACGAUCUGAUCAGAAACCCUAAGGGACGAUAAAAGUGCUUUAAUGGCAGAUGAUCAGAAGCAGGAGCAUAAGCAGAGUAUCUGGAUGCUCGAUCCGCCAACCGAUCGGCCGGUUCGUGUCUACGCUGACGGCAUAUACGAUCUGUUUCACUUCGGUCAUGCUCGUUCGCUCGAACAAGCUAAGAAAUCGUUUCCAAACACUUAUCUGUUGGUUGGAUGCUGCAACGAUGAGGUCACUCACAGCCUUAAAGGAAAAACAGUCAUGACUGACAAAGAGCGCUACGAAUCCCUUCGUCAUUGCAAGUGGGUUGAUGAAGUUAUCCCAGAUGCCCCUUGGGUUCUUACACAGGAAUUUAUGGAUAAACAUCGAAUUGACUAUGUGGCUCAUGACUCUCUACCUUACGCCGAUGCAAGUGGGACAGCAAAUGAUGUGUAUGAAUUUGUCAAAUCUAUUGGACGAUUUAAGGAGACCAAACGGACAGAAGGUAUCUCUACAUCAGAUAUAAUCAUGAGAAUCGUCAAAGAUUACAACAAUUACGUGAUGCGUAAUUUGGAUCGAGGCUACUCUAGAAAGGACCUUGGUGUCAGCUAUGUGAAGGAAAAGAGGCUGAGAGUGAACAUGAGUUUAAGGAAGCUACAUGAAAAAGUAAAAAAGCAACAAGAAAAGAUCCAUAUAGUAGCAAAAACUGCAGGCAUGAAUCAUAACCUCUGGGUUGAGAACGCUGACCGUUUGGUUGCUGGCUUUCUCGAAAGGUUUGAAGAAGGCUGCCACAAAAUGGGUACGGCGAUCAGAGAUCGAAUUCAAGAACAGUUGAUGAAGGGAAACAUGGGAGGACUCACAUACGAAUUUGAUGAUGACGAGAGUGAGUAUUAUUAUGACUAUAGCACCGAGGAAGAAGAGUCCUCUGAUGGAGGUGAAGUUGAACCAUUAUCACAAUGAAGCUCGUUGUUUAGUUCUUGAAGUAAUAGCCUUGAUACAGUCGGUAUAUGUAAAGGGUAUGUAUGUGUGAGUAGGUAAUGACUUGGUAAUGGUAACAUAGUUUUGAUAUAAGUUGGAGAUAUGUUUAUGUACUUUAUUUAAGAGUGAAUUAUUAUUUUCAUUCGUGUGGGUUGUCAAGGAUCUUUGUUUCGGUUUCAACAUAUGUGGUUUCCGUUUCUUAUA